AUGGAAGCUGCAAAAAACAAAAACUUCGAUGUUGGGUCCGUGAAGGACGGAGAGAAGAUGGUGUCCGCGAAGGACGGAGAGAAGGUGAGGAAGGUGGUGUCUGAGAAGGACGGAGAGAAGGCGGGGUCCUCAAAGGACCAAGAACUGAUGGACAAAGCGAUAGGUGGAAUGAGCGCAGAAGAUGCGGCAGCGUUUGGCGAGCUAGCACUCGAGCUGGAGUUUGCGGAGCAGGAACUGGAAUUGGGGUCCGACCUCUCCAGCUCCUGUAUGUCGCUAGACGACGACGGGAGGUCUUCAGUUGAGGGCCCCCGUAGAUCAUCAAGACGGAAGAGGCGUCGUACGGAUGCGGACUCAGAGUCUGAUUGCAGUGGGCGAACAACCCCUGUCACAAAAAGCCCUGUGGCAUGCGGGGACAUCCGGAAAAUGUUCGGGUACCGGUUCCACGGUGAGAACAACUUCCCAGAACCGGUGGCAAUGCCGCCGAAAAAGAAGCCGGCAGAUGCAGCAACUACAUCUGUUACGACUAAAGAGGCCCCCUUAGGCCUUAAGGAAGCCAGAGUCUGCCUACAGCGGAUGACCGACACGGACGAUGACACGGCCUAUUCCCAAGCGCCGUCGGAUGGCAUUCGGGAGGCUAUAUUGGCCCUGGAAGAAGCCGAGAAGACAAUGCCAGAGGCGGAACCGGCCAAAAGGAUAAGGAAACCCCCAGCACGUACGGUUUCCCGCAAACCCUCAUUCAAUGAGGAGACGCGGGCCGCUGACGAGCUCGGGGAGCACCUAGAAAGGGAGGCCAGUCGGGUGCUUGAUGCUAUCCGAAAGUCGGCCAAUCUAACAGGGACAGAGGUGGCGGAGGGCAAGGCGAAGAUUGCCAGCUUCAGGCAAGAGUUCGCCCGUCUCGACGCAGAACUGGCAGCCCUACGCGAGGAGGUGGUCCGAUCGCGAUCGACUGGCGAGAAAAUACCGGCAGAGACAGAAGCACAUAUGAGGAAUUCCCGGGUCUUCGAAAAUAUGGAGGAGAGAUUGGUCAGGCGUAUGGGGGAGAUGAUCGAUGGCCGUAUGGCAAGCAUCGAAGGACGCCUCCUCCCGCCCGAAGGAAGUCCACCCGCCAACGAUGACGGAAGCCGGGGCUCAGUCCCUCAAGGUAAAGCGGGUGGCUCACGGAAAGACGCACAGGGGUCAGCACCCCAGGCCAAGGGCGGCAAAAAGAAGCCCAAGAAGGCAGCCCAAACGGCCUCCCAACCGGUAGAGAGAGGCUCCCUCCCGGUAACCCCAACGGCAGAAACCUCUUGGGCCACCGUCGUUAAGGGGAAACGGGGGAAAAUGGUGAACGUCACGGAGGGCCAGGCGACACCAUCAACGAGCCGUCAGGGGCCAAAGCUAGGCACAUCAACGCCGGCGAAGACCACUGCGCCAGUCCCGUCGAAGUUAAAACCGUCCCGCUCUGCGGCGGUGGUAAUAACCAUCGACCCGGCUGCGGAAAAGGAAGGCGUGACGUACGCCAACAUCUUGUUGGAGGCGAAAAACCGAGUCGAUCUUCGGCCACGCGGUAUUGAAGCGCUCAGAUUGCGCCAGGCCAUUACCGGAGCCAGAAUUCUGGAAAUCCCUGGCGCAGAGAGUAGUGGGAAAGCCGACGCCCUGGCGUCGAAGCUCCGGGAAUUUAUCCCGGAGAAUAUGGCAAAGGUGGCCAGGCCCGUCAAAACUGCGGAAAUGCGCGUGAUGGGCCUGGACGACUCUGCUACGACAGAGGAGGUGGCGGUGGCAGUUGCCCAAGCUGGGGAUUGCCACCCGGAUGCGGUGAGAGUGGGUGACAUCCGCCGCAACUCCUUCGGGAUGGGGACCUGCUGGGUUCGCGGCCCCGUGACGGCCAUUAAGAAGGCGACCACCGCGAAGCACAUUCGCAUCGGGUGGGUGUCGGCACGGACAGAGCUCCUGCGGCAAAGGCCGCUGCUAUGCUUCCGAUGCCUGGAAGGAGGACAUGUGAGCAAUCAGUGCUCACACACCCAGGAUCGCAGCGGUCUUUGCUACCGUUGCGGGGAAGAAGGUCACCGUACGGCAACCUGCACAGCUGAUCCGCGGUGCGUCGUCUGUGCCGCGCUGGGUCGUCCGGCGAACCAUUGGGUGGGUGCGAAAUCAUGCACCCCGCCCAAAAACAAGAAGGCGAAACGGCCAGCCACUCAGGCCCCAGGCCGAAGGAGCGUUCAGGAGGAGGGGAUGGAGACGGGUCGGGAGCCUAGUCCCCCUCCUGGCGAUCAGGGAGGCAGGGGCGGCACGUAG